UCGAGUAGUGCUCCGAUUUAUGACCGUAGAUUACUAUGUGUACAGUUACAGUCUAUAGUAUGUUCAUCGAAAUGGUUGACUCAAACAUUGGCACAGUCCAUUUGUAUUUGUGACUAAUUAAUUGCAUUAAAAGCAUAUCCGAUGAUCAACUCCAUAACGCGCUAACAUUUGUUUUCUGUCUGGGAACAAGAAAUUGGACAGUGCAUUUGAGGUCCUAACUAACUUUUUAUACGUGAAAUGCAUUAACCCGUAGAGUUACCUUGUUAUCAGUGUGCAAGCGCUGGUGGCUAUGAAUCGUCCAUUAUUGUGGGAUCGGCUCGUGUUUUUCGAGCACGCAUGAUGGCAUGAUGCCUUCUGGGAAAUCUAAACCUAGUCGAGUGGCCGAAGGAGAAAAAAGCCUACUGAAACCCAGCCAGAGCGGAGCUUGCGACGAAGUGGACGAUGAGAACGAAAACGAAAAUUGGAACGGUUCAUACGCCAAACUUCCCAACACCUCCACGAGGUCCAUCGAUACCAAUGGCGAAACGGUGAGCCAACGACGGCGCCAUGAAUCCAACACAUCCCUACCGCGAUCUCAUGUGGAAGAUCUUCAGCUGGAUGAUACGGGUUUCGUCGGGGAACCCGCCAGACCCAGCAGGAUCAAUCGUCGAGUGUUUCUCUUGAUCAUCAUUGGCGUAAUCCUGGGCGCUGGCUGUAUUGUCUCUGUGGUGGUUUUAUAUUUUCGCUCCAGCUAUAUUCCGGAGAAUUAUGUUAUUGUUAUGGAUGCUGGAUCUGCGCAUACCAAAUUACAUGUCUUUCAUUAUCGCGGGGAUAAAGUCAACGGGACGGGUUAUAUUGAGCAGAAAGAAUUUGUGGAAUGCGAUGGCAUACUAUUAAAAUUCAGGAAUCAGCCGCAGCGGCUGCGGGCAGCCUGGAAGCCGUGUCUAGAUAAGGCUAUGACGAUCAUCCCGGAAGAUCGAUGGGAGAAAACGGAAAUUUAUGUGGCUGGAACCGCGGGCAUUCGAAAUCUGAGAAAAAGCGACAGCGUCGCCGCCGAUCGAUUGCUGAGCGAUGUUCGGGAUUUAUUGAAUGAGACAUUUCAUCCACACGUUACCGGUGAGCGGCUGCAUACAUUAAUCCUUAAUGGCGAGGAAGAAGGCGCACUGGCAUGGGCAACAGUGAACUUUGUCUCCAAGCGAUUAAUACCGGAUAACUCUACAACGGCUCCAAAUCCCCGCCUGGAGACGUUCGGCUCAUUAGACCUGGGCGGCUCGUCGACCCAGAUCGCCUUUGCUGUCCCGACGAACGGUGCAGGUAGUCAUCUGCCACCGAACUUCGACUUGACCUUCUUUGGGACCCGGUAUGGUCUAUUCAGUCGCAGUUUUGCUUGUCGUGGCAAAGGCGAAGCGUUGAGGACACUAAAGGCUCAAUUGGUUAUCGACCAUUCCAGCAAUAAUUUCAUAAAGCAUCCCUGUUUACCUCGGGGUUCGGUUAGCAAUGAAUCGCAUAAGGAUUUAUUUGAUGCUCAAUGUACCGUUGAUCUGCGUAAGCCGACCCGUGUGCGGACAAUAUACGCGUUUAAUGGGACCGGUGAUAUUAAGCAGUGUCGUCAGCUUGUUAAGACACUGUUCCGCGAUGUGAAUUGCCCAUUCAGGGAUACUCCGGAUUGCUCUUUUAAUACUCGGCAAAAAGUUAAUAUAACUAACCCUUUUAUGGGAUUUGCGGGAUUAUUUUUUGUGAUGGACUUCUUCAACUUGACAGAUAAUGUGCACACUGUCAAUGUGCAGCUGGAGCAUUUUCGGCAGGCAUACCGGCAUCAUUGUGAAACUCCCUGGUUGGAGUUGCAAAAUAGCACAAAUCCUUUCAUGAAGGGAUAUUGUUUUGAUGGCAUUUACAUUGACAUGUUAUUAACGGAAGUGUAUGGAUUUACGGCUGAGAUGUUCGAACGCAUUCAAUUCCGCAAAGCCAUCAACGGUGUGGCGACAGGAUGGGCAGUGGGGUUGGCCUUGAACAGUACCAACGCUGUUCAGCCCGAGCAUGAAGUUGAGAUGAUGAGCCGGGCGUUUUUCCUUAUUUUCUUGGUUGUCUUUGCCGUGUUUCUCGUACUGGCGGUUUCCUUCCUGUGUCGAGGAGUCCGCCGUUCAUGCCGUGAUAGCAGUAUUUAAGAAAAUGUGUACAUAAAAAUUGCAGAGAUGUUUUUAUUUGUUUUAUUACUGUUUUUAGCCUGACAUUUUAUCUGUACCGGUGUUGGUUUGAAGCCCGUAUUCCAAGUUUGUUUUUAUCUGCUUUUCCUGUGUAAUGCAUGAUGGUUUUUUUUUGUUUUUAAACAGAAUCUCAUUUCUAUAAAUGCAUGUUGUUUUGGUUGCGGAUAACUGUUAUGCCUUAGGUUCGUUUUGAAACUCGUAUUUUUGUGAAGUGAAAAAAAUCGAAGAU